AUGAAGUCUCUCAUGAACGAUGUUUCAUUCGUAUGGCUCAUGCUUUGGAUGGCCAACAACAUUGGAGUUACUCUACUGAAUAAGGCAUCCUUUGCCACCGUUGACUUUCACUACCCAUAUUUCUUAUCGUUCAUUCACAUGGUGUGCAACUCAAUCGGAUCCCUUGUUAUUUUUCGAUCGAUAGAACAUGAUGCAAGAACUGGGACGACGGGCUUUUUCCAGUCUCUCCUUGGAACAAUCAAUCGAAAAAAACUCGACGAUAAAGGUCGAAAAUACAUUCUUGGCUUCUCGGUCAUCUUUUCAUUGAAUAUUGCGGUUGGAAAUGUCUCCCUUCGAUAUGUGUCCGUCAACUUUAACCAGGUCAUGAGAUCAUUAGUACCUGCAAUCACUAUUGCCAUGGGUCUAUGUUUGGGCAAAGAGAUUUCGAAUAAACGUAUCAUCGCUGUGGUUCCUGUUGUUAUCGGAGUAGCAAUGGCCACAUUUGGAGACAACGUUUUCACUGCACUUGGAUUUGUCUACACAGUCUUGUGUAUUUUGCUGGCUUCGUUGAAGGUUGUGGCCUCUGGAGAAAUGCUCACUGGAUCACUCAAGCUGCAUCCUGUAGACCUAUUAGGACACAUGGCACCCCUUGCGAUGGUUCAGUGCAUCUUCCUGAGUUUCGUCACUGGGGAAAUUGGUGAAAUUGCAACGCGUGAAGAUCUUUUCGAAUCUUUCUACCCAGCUGCGGUUGUAUUGACAAGUGGAGUUUUCUCCUUUUCGCUGAACAUCUCUUCCCUGAUGGCGAACAAACUCACAUCGCCCCUCACCUUAUGUAUCGCAGCGAAUGUCAAACAAGUCAUGAUGAUUGCCAUUUCAACUAUCAUAUUCGCGACACCUAUCUCUCCCUUGAAUGGGGCGGGUAUUGUGGUUGUCCUAUUGGGAUCUGGUCGUUAUUCCUACGUUUCCGUGCUGGAAAAAACUGCAGCCCAACGGAAAGAUGAAGAGCCACUGGACAAGAAAGCCGACGAUGUUGAGCGAGCCACUGAAGAGGAGCAUGUUCAGCUCAUGGCUUCAGAACCUGACACCUCUGCUGUUCGAAAGCGAUAG